AUGGGUAACCUCUCUAUUUUUUAAGAUAAAAUAUCUCAGAGUUUACCCUAUUUUCUUAACUUUUUCAGUGAUUUUUAAUCCAUAGUUGGGGUUAUUAGCAGCGGGUGCAGAUGCUAAUGCUGCAGAUAACCAAGGAAAAACUGCUUUAUAUUGGGCUGCUUAUAAAGGUCGUAAAGAGGUAGUAAAGGAUCUAUUAGCAGCGGGUGCAGAUGCUAAUGCUGCAGAUGACCAAGGAAAAACUGCUUUAUAUUGGGCUGCUCAAGAUGGUCAUAAAGAGGUAGUAAAGGAUCUAUUAGCAGCGGGUGCAGAUGCUAAUGCUGCAGAUAACCAAGGAAAAACUGCUUUAUAUUGGGCUGCUUAUAAAGGUUAUAAAGAGGUAGUAAAGGAUCUAUUAGCAGCGGGUGCAGAUGCUAAUGCCGCAGAUAACCAAGGAGUAACUGCUUUACAUAAGGCUGCUCAAGAUGGUCAUAAAGAGGUAGUAAAGUAUCUAUUAGCAGAGGGUGCAAAUCCUUUGUUGGAGAAUCGUUAUGGUCAAUCUCCUACAGACUUAGCUGAGAGUUAUGAGAUAAGAAAGAUUUUUGAGGGUGCAAGUGAAUUGCCUAAGAUGAAAAAAGAGAUGAUUGGCGCGAGUGGGAUGUCGCUCCUUGAUCUUGUGCUAAUGAAUCCAACAGAUGAAGCUAAUAUGAUACAUUGCGCGCAUAAUCCUAAAUUGUUACAAGAAGGUACGUAUGAAGAUCGUUACUAUAUAUUUGCUGCAAUAAUAGGUGCUCGAUUUGAAGCUAUAGAAAAAAGAAGAUAUUUAGAAAAUGAAGCUAGUAAUGCAAUGAUACGUAUGUGUAAACUUAAUGGACAGGAAUUGAGUGAAGAUGCCAGUAGAAUAUUAGUUGCUAAUAUUCCAAAUAUUAGGUUAAAAAGAUUAAUUGUUGCAAACAUUAACGCUAAAGAUAAAGGUCAAGGUGGAAAAACUCCUUUACAUGAUGCUGCUUUAUAUGGUCAUAUAGAUGAAGUAAAUGCUCUAUUAAAAAAAGGUGCAUAUGUUAAUAUUAGAGAUGGUGAUGGACACUCUCCUUUACAUCAGGCUGCUGCAAAUGGUCAUACGGAGGUAGUAAAGCUUCUAUUAGAACAAAAAGAUACAAAUGUUAAUGCUGCAGAUAAAAAUGGGUACACUCCCUUAGAUUAUGCUUCUCACAGGGGUUAUCAUGUUUUUGAAGGAAGUCAUCAAGGGGUGAUAGAUGCUCUCUUAGCAGCAGGUGCAAAAAAACCUAGCACUCAAAUGGAUAGAACACAAAUCGCUCAGGAAGGGGCAAGUAAGAAAGUGUAA